AUGCAACAAGGGGAGGCACACGGGGCCUCGUCGUGUUCGCAUGGGGCGGUGAAAGAGGGAGGGGUACCCACCGUCCGUGAGAGGGACGGGAAAGGGGCGGGGGUGCCAGUUGGCGUGAUUCAACACCUUCUCGGGUCGUCCUCGGCGGCUGGUGAGCCCGCGCGUCGCUUUAUCGAGGUCGAAAUAGAAACGACGCAGGGCUACGUUUACGCCGGCAAACUGGUGGACCUCGACGCGCACUCCAACGCCACUCUGCAGGAGGCAACGGUGCGACGGGAACGGGCGUGCGAUGUUCAGCGCGCCCUUCGCCAGGCGCAUUGGCGCCAACAGCGGCAGUUGAUGUUUGGGAUGAUGAAUCGUGACGUGGCGCUUUCGGUUCUCGGCGUCGACGUUCCGGAGGAGCGCGCGGAUUCGGCGACGCGUAUGUGCUACGUGGGCACGACAUUAAUUCGGAGUAGUAGUUUGGUUAUGAUUCGCUUCGUGGGGGAUGGUGCGGUGGCUACUAUUACAAAUGAGCCUGUGGAAUGCCACAGUACCAACAACGAGGGGCGUACGAGCCGGAAGAAGAGUAGAACUGAGCCUUCGUCUCAGACUAGUCUGCAGCGGGCCUUCGUCGAGGCUGCCACUGCGGCAAAAAAGGCAGUUGAACAAGAACGACGUAAAAAUCGCUUGGAACGCCAAAAGCGAAAGAUGGAGGCAGUGAAAAAGAAAUAA